AUGAACCCCCCCCCUUUACUCUCUAGGGCUUUACAGCGCGAGGGUUUGUUGCCGCUCACCAGCUGCCGCAUUGAGGUUUUUCUUUAUAACCGCCCUCUUUUGUGUUCUCCCCUGGAACCCCUUAUUUGUAACCUAGAGGAGCUGCAGCAGAUGUAUAGAGAAGCAGAAGCAGCCACGCAGCUAGGGGCUUCUAUAAAGCUGUUUGAGGAUUUUCUGCGGCGGGGGCUGCACGACAAAGCAACAAAAAUUUUAUCAUCGAUUCAGCAUACAUCUUUCUCUCACGGCCUACAAGGAGAAGCUAAAGCUGCUGUUAUGCGGCUCUGCUGCAGCAGCAACUCUCCCCGCAGCAGCCUGCAGCAGCAGCUGCAGCAGGCAUGCAGCAGCGAGACAGAGACAGAGCAGCAGCAGCAGCAGCAGCAGCUGCUGCUGCUGUCGCCUAGAGAAAAGAAACAAAAAGAAAAAGAAAAACUAAGAAACCUGCAGAGACAGUGGGAGGAUAUACAAAUCGUACGAGAGGCGCUGAUGAAGUUGUGUGGAGACACCGAAAGGCAGCAAGAGAUGAUAACGAAGUUUACAGAAAAUAUUCUUCAGGGUUUUCUCGGCUACUAA